GCGGACAUAUAUUGCGCUGCAGUGUUCAAUUGCACGAUUUAUUGAACGGCAGUCCCGCCGUGGCGGUUCAUGCUCCUGCCCCGCUUCGACUGCUGAAGCCUUGCAUGUGAACCCUCUGCAUGCAGUCCGGAUGUCAGGAACCACUCUAGCAUCGAACUCAUGCAUACAAAGAAACCCCUCUCGAAUAAUGCUCGCCGAAUCUCUACUACUCUCAGACAAUAUUAAUACUACUCAGUGAAUCUCGAUCAUACUCAGUGACCCUCAAUCCCUGAUACAUCGCCAUGAAGCUCACCACCGCCACCUACCUCGCCCUCCUCACCUCCCUCGUACCCACCCUCGCCCAAACCAACGCGACCUACCUCACGCUCCCCGCCCUAGUCACCAUAGACAACCGCACAGCAAUCCAAUGCUGGCGUUUUACCACCCCCUUCAAGACCUCCACCGUCCCUGGCACCAUUGGCGCGCAGUCCCUCACGCUCGCUAAUGCUACAAACCUGUCCUACACGAUCCUGCCCCCGCGAUUCAAUGGCGGACUGCACACCGCCCCCAGGCCGCAGCUCGUGCACUUCGUGUCGGGGCUGGCGCAUGUCACGCUGCCUAGCGGCGCAGCGGAGCUUUGGCUCGUGGGGGGUGCAGGAGGGGUGUUGGUUGCGGCGGAUACGACGGGGGAAGGACAUGUUACUAUGUAUCCGAGUGAUCAGCAGACGGUGGGCUUGCUUGCGCCGUUUGAGGGGGGAAGGGUGCCAGCGUAUGAGGUCUUGAGGGAGGGGGCGUGUGAGGGAGAGCAAAGUUUUCUGUAGACAGCGAGACUGGUAACCGGGACUCUCGGAGUGGUGUGAGUGUUGCCGCGGGUUUUGCUGUUUUGUUCAGAGAUAGACGACGUGAUAGUGGAAUGUCGAUAUUGACCCAGAUGCGCUUUCAUCAUGGUGUUCGUCUGUGGAAUGGUAGUGAAUGCAGCUAUUUGUAAGACCGGUCAUACGCAGCAUAUUGACGGUCAAUU